AGCCAACAAUACAGAUUCGACUUCAUCAAAUAUUAUUGUAAUUAUUUGAAUAGUUAACAAUGGCUUCAAAAAAGUGUUGUCACGGUUGUCUUUCUGUUGGAAGACGGUUAGAUUUAAUUGUAGACCACGCAAAACUGUAUAAUCGACUGCUGUUGAAGAAAUCAGACCAUACAACUAAGAAGUUGUUGAUGUGUUGGGAAUGCCACCAGAUCUUGAGAAACAUCCAGACGUUCCGUAUGAAGAUAACUCAAGCCCAGAAACUUUUGAGCAGUAAAACUUUGCCCCAACACUCCCUGUCAAACCUAACGGCAUCAAAGAAAAUUGAUGAUUAUCAAGUAAUAAUAUAUGAAGAUGAAAAAAAUAAUAUAACUCCGGCAACUGAAAUAGAGGUGCCGGCUGUGAAACAGGAGCCUAGCGAAGAUUUAUAUAAUAAAAUAGUUAUAAAAAAUAAUGAUGUUUAUGAUAUAAAAUUGGAUGCAGUCAAAGAGGAAGUUAAAAAUGAAAGUGAUGGAUUUGAAGGUUUUAAUGAUAAUCAAGAGAUAACAGAAUAUGAUGAAGUAUCAGUUUCUCUUGAUUUGCUGGAGAAAAAUACAAAGAUAGAGGUGGAUCGUCCAAAGAAGAGACGGGCAGAGUUGAAGCAGAAAUAUAGAACUAUCAUUUUGGAUGAUAUACCGGAUAAGAGGAAUUAUUACGAUAUAGUCAAGAUAGACCAUGAGACCGUGUUGCACUGGCUCGAGAAGAAAAAGCAACGCACAAGUACGAAGAAAUUCCAGUGUCAACUCUGUUACGCAGGAUUCUCGCAGCAGAAGUUCUACGACCGCCAUCUUACCCUGUUACACGCUCAGAAAAACAAAUUCGAAUGCGACAUAUGCGCGUGCCGUUUCAAGGACCGCCGCCUGAUGAAGCGUCACAUCAACGAGCACUUCGUGCAAUAUUCGUGCAAGAUGUGCGGCCAACAGUUCCCCGCGCGGAACCAGUUAUACGUGCACUUCGCGCACGGCCCGCACGGCCGGCAGAUGGAGUGCAAGAAGUGCGGGGCGAGGUUCGAUUGCAACAAGCCCCGCGAUUUCUUCUCUCACUACCGCGACAUGCACGGCCACCCGCAGUGCGACCACUGCGGCAUGCGCUGCACGACCAAGAGCAGGCUCGCGCACCACAUACUUUGUAACAAGCCCCGCGAUUUCUUCUCUCACUACCGCGACAUGCACGGCCACCCGCAGUGCGACCACUGCGGCAUGCGCUGCACGACCAAGAGCAGGCUCGCGCACCACAUACUUUGUAACAAGCCCCGCGAUUUCUUCUCUCACUACCGCGACAUGCACGGCCACCCGCAGUGCGACCACUGCGGCAUGCGCUGCACCACCAAGAGCAGGCUCGCGCACCACAUACUAAUCCGGCACUCUGAGUUCCGUUGCAAGCCCUGCGAUAUGGGGUUCAGCUCGUUCCACGCACUGACCGUGCACAACAGACGCAAGCACGUCGUCGACACCAGCGAGCGGAACUACUGCGUCGAGUGCGACCUGCAGUUCACGAACAGUUUGCUGUACAACGAACAUGUGAAACGGAGCACGAAACACCGCAUUAAACCCAGAGUGCCGUGUCCCUCGUGCGACAAGACAUACAGCAAGCGCUGCUACAUGAUGAACCACUACAAUCUGGAGCACCUCAAGGAGAGCAAGUUCGUCUGUCCCGUCUGCGACAGGAGAUUCUUGAACGGGUUCCGUCUACGGUACCACGUGAAAUAUUAUCACGAGAAGGCGCCGAAGCCCAAGAACCACAUGUGCAGUUACUGCGGCAGGGGCUUCAACACUCGUCGCAUCCUGGACAACCACGUCCGCACGCACACGGGCGAGCGGCCGUUCGCGUGCGCGCACUGCACGGCCGCCUUCGCGCAGGCCACCGCGCUCAAAACGCACGUGCGGUCCGCGCACAAGUGAACGCACAAGCAGAGCGCAUCAUAGGGGCCGACAGUUCAGCUACACUAUUAGAACUAGAGAUGCACCGGAUAUCCGGUUAAUAUCCGGUAUCCGGCCAUUAAUUAACUAUCCGGCCGGAUACCGGAUAGUGACCUAGUAUCCGGCCGGAUACCGAUUAGUAACAUUGCUUGAUUUCGGAGUAAACAAAUUGGAUUUAAGAAACAGACACGGUCAUAAUCGUACUUGUUUAUUAUUUUAAAACAAUUUAAUGAUUCCACUGACUUGCACGCGUACUCAUUUUGAACCUAGAAAUGAGUCCGCGCGAACGUUUACUAGGAAACAGGUCAAACCAUCAGAAUGCGCACCUGAAAAUCCGAAAUGUAGGUAUAGUUCCGCUGGCCGAAUAUUCGGCCGAUGGUCAGGCCGAAUAUCCGGUAUCCGGUAUCUGGCCAAACAACUAUCCGUUGCAUCUCUAAUUAGAGCAAAUUAAAUUAUUUUCAGAAUAUACUUUAACAUUUUGAACGCCAAACGGCGCAUCCAUUUACCGUGCCACUGACGCCGCGGGGGUAAAAUUUAGCUUUGUGAAUGAGUAAUGCCAACCUAAAAGUGGGGUGUUUUUCAGUAGAUUUUCAUCAAAAAAUGAUCGACGUCAAAUGCCGUCUUUAGCGUCGUUGUCACGAUUUUGCGUUGACGUCAGUUGCCGUCUGUGGCGUUCAAAAGGUAAAUUUGUUUUUAUCAAGUAGAACACUACUUUAUAAAUUAGUAUAUGUGUCGCUUAGCUUCAAACUCGGGUAAAUCCAUUGGACCCUCUCAGAAAAUAUCUAUCCUAUUACCUUUUCUUAAUACCAAAAUCGCAUAAUCUGACAGAUGGAUUUACCCGAGUUUGAAGUUAAGCGACUCAUAUGCACUUCUUACUGAAGGCAUAUGGCGCCCCCUAGCGCUAGAUCAGCUACAAACGAUGUACUUUUCAGGCACUAUUUUGUUUUGUUACCAAAAGCAAAGGGAAUAUUACGCGAAACUGCGUAGAGGGCGCCACUACUACAAUCCAUCACAAUCUAUCUAAAUAUAGUCGAG